CGCGCGCUUUUCCGUCACCUGUUGCGUUUGACGUUUGUAUGCUGUGCUCAUUUCUAUUAAAAUUUGUGAAAAGUAUUGUGUUCGUUAAGUGAGAAUAUUGUUAUUUUGUUAAGAUAUUGAGUCAUCGUUCCGCUGCAACUGAGAUACAUAGAAAUUCAUUGUGGCAAUGAUUGUUACAUAUUAGUAAAGGAAAUUGUAUUCUUGGUUAUUAUAUAAACAAAGCGCAAUGUCGGAUUAUAUUUCUACCGAGCUCACUGCAACUUGCAAUGCACUUGGUUAUUAUGAUGGACGGAAGUAUCAUUUAGAUAAGCAUUGUUUAGAUGUUAUAAAAGAUUUAAUUAAAUAUUUGAGAAGGGAUGACGAUGACCAUGUCGUGCGUCAGUUUCUGGGUCAGACAAAGUUGCUUCAAACAGAUCUUAUGAAAAUUUUCAUUUGCCAUAGCGAUAAGACUGAUUUGUGGGAUGUAUUGUUGAGGUUGAUUAUAAAUUUGACCAGUCCAGUCUUCUUAAUUUAUAAUGAAGAAAUACCUACAGAAAAAACGCAACGCAGCAUAUAUCAGAAACUUGUUUCUUUCACACAACAGUAUAAAACAGCAUUAACUGAGGAUUGCAUAUGGACAACAUUAAGCAAUCGCUUGAGUAACAUUCUGAAAAUUGAUAGUUCAGAAAGAGGGGAGGAAAAAGAAAUGAUGAUCGAAAGAAUCCUUAUUUUUAUCAGAAAUGUCUUACAAAUUCCUCCCGAUGAAAAUGAAAAGCGUGUUGAUAAUGAUGCCACUAUCCACGAUGAGGUGUUGUUUGCUCUUAAUGCUUCUGGUCUUGUCGAUUUACUAUUGUUUGUUGCUAGUAAUCUCAGCGAACAGAAGUACCAUUUACAAAUACUUGAGAUCGUUUCAUUAAUGCUCGGCGAUCAAAGUGCCACUCAGUUAGCAACUUCCGGUUUGCAACGUAGCACCACCGAGAAAGAAAAAGAUGAAGCGGUGCUUUUAGCCGCUCGGCAGAAGGAGAAGCACGAAAAAAUGCAGAAAAUAAGAAAAUUUGCUGCUGCUAGGCAUUCUCAUUUCUGCGGCACCUACGUGGUCCAGAACAUGAAGGCGAUCGGCGAGAAUCCGCUAUUGUGUCACAAACCCUACCAGAAGAUACAGGACUUAAGUUUCGGCAAUGAGAAGAAAAUACUGGCAAGACCAAAAAACAAACGUCCCAUGACCGAUCCAAGAGGCGAACGCACCUCCAUUUUGAGCGUCAGAUUGUUCCUGAAGGAGUUCUGCGUGGAAUUUUUGAACGCGGCUUACAAUCCCGUAAUGAGAUACGCCAGAUCAUGCAUCAUAGGAAAUCCAGCCGAACAGUCGGAAACGGGCUGCUAUCUUUGGUCGUUGCGUUUCUUCAUGGAGUUCAAUCGCCAUUACAAGUUCGAGGUGAAAUAUGUGAGCGAGACAAUAUCGACGGAGAUAUUUCAUUUCGUGCAAAGACAAAUGGAGCAGUAUUACGAGAAUAUGGUGGUUGAUAAAAAGAAGAUACGGGUUUGGUCUCGUAGAUUACAUUUGGGAUUAAAGGCAUAUCAGGAACUUCUGCACACCUUAAUAGCAAUGGAUCAAAGCGUGGACCGUGGUGUUAGAGAAUCCAGCAAAGUCAUUAAGAGUAAUGUAUUUUAUGUUCCGGAAUAUCGGGAAACGAUUCUUUCGCAGCUUCUGUGUUUCGACGAGCUUAAAAUGUCACGUCAAUAUUUGAUAGACCUCGUCACAACAACGCACAUCUUCUUAAAAAUGCUGAGCAAUUACUGUGGGAAGAGCAGUCGCGGCAUAAGAGUGCAGGAGACGAAGCGUAAACGUCACAAAAGCUCCGGCAAAAAAAAACCCGUGCAAAAGGAGCAGCCUGCACCUCGCAGCAUGGAGGAACGCUGGGACGAGAUUAGUCCCCAGUUGUCCGUGGUAAUGCGGGAAGGGACGAUACCGGAAGUUGUGCCAUUUGACGCAACGUUGGACGUUCCUAUCGAGGAUCAAAAAGUGGAUGCUAUGAAGAAAAUUCAGAAGCUGUUGCGCACCAAGUUCCUCGAGCAAGCUAUCGGCCUUAUUCGUUCUGCGAGGGACGUCUGGCCCGAGAACGACUGCUUCGGCCGAGCGGGCAUCACACCCGAGGAGGAGUUCCUGUCGCUGCGAGAGAUCUUCUUUGCUGAUUUAGGCGUCGCAGACGAUCCAGUUACGCAAAGCCAAGCUGAAAACGCGGAGCACGCUUUUAAUGACAAUGCAGGAGAUAAGGAGGAAGAUGAGGAGGAAGAAGCGCAGGAAAGAGUGGCGAGGAUUGAAUCCAAUUUCAAUUUCUCUGAGUUUCUUCACAGAUUUGCAAACGUGAAAAUUGUCAAAGCGAUGCUAAUUCUGCUACGCCAAUUCGAUAAGAAUACGGAUGAAGUGAAUCAUUACGUUAACAAGAUGCUGCAUCGGAUUGCGUGGGAGUGCAAAAUGCCUGGAAUGAUGUUCCAGGCGUCCAUGUUCAGAGUUUUCCAAAGAAUUCUCGAAUCCAAGCAACCUGCUCACAAGGAACUUCAAAAGUUCGCCGUCUUCAUAAUCCGUCGUUUCAUCGAAGUCGCGCAGAAGAACCGGAAGGCAUACAUGGAGCUGCUCUUCUGGAAGACCACUCACGACGCUACGAAGGUCGUCGAGGGUUACAACGCGGAAACGGAUAACAAGAAAGUUUCGCGCAGCCUCUGGACCGAGGCCCAAGAGGACGAGUUACGCACGCUCUUUAUGGAACAUCAGACUAACAAGUAUUCCCAUGAUCUCGUCGAUUGGAUAUUAGAAAAUAUUAAUCAAGAAAGGACGCGGCACGGUGUCAUGAAGAAGCUGAAGGAGAUGUGCUUGAUUGUGAACUCCAAGGCGGUUCGAAGCGAAAUACAAAAGAGGCUGCCGAAAGAAUGGUCCGAGGACGAAGUUGCUCAACUGACAGAGCUCUGGGAGCUGCGGAAAGACGACGACGAUCCGGUGGAUAUGAUCUUCAAUGGGCUCACAAUAAAGCGGUCGAAGCCGAAGAUCAAGGAGAAGCUUUUAGAAUUAGGAUUGGCCGCGGAUCGAAAGGAGCUGCGCAAGAAACGGUCCAGAAAAAGCAACCACGGGAAAUCGUCGUGGGAAACACAGUCUGCUAGUAAUUCCGACGAGAAUGAAAGCAGCGACGAAGAAGCUGGAAAAUCCUCGAGACGCAGCAGCCAGGCUCCCAAUAAACCAGCAAACAGGAAAACGAAGACGAGCACGAAGAAGAAAGAACCGGCCAUAGUCUACACGGAUGCACAAUUAUCUGGACUCCUGAAGGAUGUCAUCGAAAAAAAUAUGAAGGAAGCUUUGGAAUGGAUUAAGGAAUCCCUGCAGGAUAUCCUGGACGAUCGAGACGAGGAAAGCACCGAAGGUAUUCCUUUAGUCCCGCUGACAGAUUAUUCGUCGGCCGCGAUGGAUUCGCCGAGCUUUCAAAAGCUUCUUCGGGCUAUGGGGUUCACACCUCCGUUUGAUGAACAGGAAUCUUAUUGGCGUAUACCGGCUAAUAUGCUUACUUCGACCGUGCAAAAGCGUUGCGAUCUUCUAGAUGCCGCAUUGGCUGGGAAUUUCAUUGCCGAAGAACCAGCAUCAAAUCCACGCAAAAUAAGAUCGGAAAUGGUGGAAGACAGUGAAAGCGACGACGACGUUGACGCAUUGGAGACCGUUAAAAAAUACUUCGCCUCGAAAGAACCAGAGAAAGAAGCAGUGCCAUCUAUUUCUCUGGACUCUGAUUCCGACGUCGAAUUGACCAACGUCUCGAAACCAUCGAAAAGCUCCCAGUUGCCUACGAAGUCAGGAAGAAAAAUGGAUCUAGAACGCGAUGAAGAAAGGGUAGCUAACCCCCAGACGAUCGAAUUAACGGAAAGUCCAGCCAAAGGAAAAGGAAAACGUGGAAACCGCGUGAAAUUGCUUAUCGAUUCCUCCGAUUCCGAGCGGGAGGAUCACGGUACAGAGAUCAACGUAGAAAACGUCGGAGACGAGGGUAAAAGAAAUCGGUCGAGCAGUUCGGAGGAUGAGCGUGAAACAACGAAAAAACGUCGUCUGUUGGACAGCGACGAGGAAGAGGACCCAUUAACGUCUCAGAGCACCGAGGUGAAACACGCUAGGUUGAUAAUUAGCGACGACGAGGAUGAAACGGCUGAAAAACAACGCGAUCAACCGGGAUCAUCUCGAGCAAUUAUCAGCGACGACGACGAUUAAAGAAAGGCACUGAUGUUGUCCACUGAAGCUGAUUUUUUACGCUGUUCUUUUCUUAACUAAAUAAUUUCUACUCCGUUUUUGUGUGCUGCGUGAUUCUUUUUAUGUACUUCUUUGCAGAAUAAAAGAUUUCUCUUAAUAAUGA